GGGUUCCACACUUCCACUCAAAAGGGAGGGGCCAAAGGAUAAGAUGGAAGGCAAGACAGAAUGAACAGAAGCCGAAUUGAAUUCACAGUUCACUCAUGUCAGUCCCUGCCGCCACUUCUUUAUAUACAUCCCACCUUCAGUUCUCAUCCACCCCACGGUAUCUAUGGUGCCAACAAGAGAGCGACUAGUGGAAAUAGUAGUAGGAAAAAAGAGGAGCUGGAGCCGGAGCUGCUGCCACUGCAUUGAUCAGUAGCAGCUGCUGUGAAAUGAUCUCCUCUCACAAGAAAGAACAAGAACCAGUUCCCCCAGUCCGUGGUACAAAUACUCCGUGUCUGCAUCCCCAGCUAGCUAAGCUAAGUAUCCCAACUUCCUAAGGUGCCGCUAUAUAAAAGCGAGCAGCUCGAACAUAACCGCACCAAAAGGACCCAGGGCCAGGCCAGCUGAGCUCGCUCGCCGGCUCGUGCGCGCGGCGCGCAUCGCCCACCUCUCCCGACCCUCCCCUUGCUACCUUAUGAGCUAGCCACCUAGCUAGCUUGGCGCAGCGGCCGGCCGGAAUCGAGAGAGCGCGCGGCGGUGAGAAAGAGAGAGAUCGGUCAGGUUAGUCAGUCAUGGAUACCAUCCGGUGCUGCAUCGCGUGCAUCCUGCCGUGCGGGGCGCUGGACGUGGUGCGCAUCGUGCACUCCAACGGCCGCGUGGAGGAGAUCAGCGAGCCAGUGCUCGCGGGGGAGAUCAUGAAGGCCUACCCCAAACACGUCCUCCGGAAGCCGCCGUCCACGUGCCCGGCCGACGGCGGCGGGGGCAUCGUCGUCCAGAAGCCCGUCAUCCUGCCGCCCAAUGCCGAGCUGCAGAAGGGCAAGAUCUACUUCCUCAUGCCAGUCAUGGCCGCCCCGGCCCCGGUGCCAGAGAAAGCCGCGGCGGUGAAGGCGCCUGUUGCACAUGCCGCGUCGGCGGCGAGGAGGCGAAGGAGGAGGAAGGAUCAGGCCGCGCCACGGCACCACGCUGCCUGCAGCAACGCGGCAGCGACGGUCGGGUCGGGCGGCGGCGCGGAUGGCGAGAAGGAGCGGCUUCUGGCCAACGAGAGGUACCUGUCGGAGAUCAUGAAGGAGAAGGCCUCCACGGCGAGGGACCGGCGGCGGGGGCGCGUCGCCGUGUGGCGGCCGCACCUGGAGAGCAUCACCGAGGAUGACUUGUAAUCAAGCAAGGUGUUUUGUUUUUUUCACCUUUCUUUUCAUUUCUUUUAGUUCUUAUUAUUACUGGAGUUAGUAGUUUCAUGCUUCCUCUUUUGUCAAUUCCUUCUGUUUUGCCCUUUGUUUUUAUUUUUGCCUUCUUUUCCCUGGCCCCGUCCCCUUUAGAGCACCAUCAUCAUCCUCUCC